AUCCGGGUCCACAAUAAUAUUCUGAAGCGGAAAAGGAAAGAAACCCUAAGAAAGUAGAAAACCUGAACACACUCAAAUUCUAAUUUCUCACUCACGUCCUUUUUAUAUAUCAUCAACGGCGGUGGUUUCUCAAUAUUGGCGAAUUCUCUGAAACUAUGUCGGACGAGGAGCAUCACUUCGAGUCAAAAGCUGACGCUGGAGCUUCCAAAACUUACCCGCAGCAAGCCGGAACUAUUAGAAAAAACGGAUAUAUAGUCAUUAAGAAUCGCCCAUGCAAGGUUGUUGAAGUUUCCACCUCCAAGACUGGAAAGCACGGUCACGCGAAGUGCCACUUCGUUGGAAUAGACAUCUUCAAUGGCAAAAAGCUUGAAGAUAUUGUCCCUUCCUCCCAUAACUGUGAUGUUCCCCAUGUCACUCGAACUGACUAUCAGCUAAUUGAUAUCUCUGAGGAUGGAUUUGUGAGUUUGCUGACUGAAAAUGGGAACACUAAGGAUGAUCUGAGGCUUCCAACUGAUGAGAAUCUUCUGUCUCAGAUUAAGGAUGGGUUUGCUGAAGGAAAAGAUCUUGUUGUGACUGUCAUGUCUUCAAUGGGAGAAGAGCAGAUCUGUGCUCUUAAGGAUAUUGGCCCAAAGUAAUUUCUUAUUAUCGGCUUUAGGUGGUGGUUGCUAUUUAAAUCGACUGAUUUUUGUAAAAACCAUCUUUUCUUUGCUUUAUAUUAUAGAAACUUAGAGUAGACUAGCUCAAUGCUUUGCGGAUGGUAUUUUAUAUCUGUCAAAACUGGAAACAGAAUUUGCUUUACUUCUAGCUGUACUACUUUGUUUUAUGGUACUCCUAAUAUUUAUGAGCUAUCUGGUUUUACCCCUAUCA